AUGAAGUGGUAUUCUCAUCUUUUGCUGAGACGGCUUUCGGCCGGUAAGUGUGGAUAUUCACCUAGUCUUCGUCAAAGUUUCCUCCGCCAUGCUUUGCUUCCGAUGCUCAGGGCAGAUCCGAAUUGGGCUUUGUCGAUUUGUUGUAAGGCGACCGCCACAUUACCCAUCGGGCUCGGCGGGGAGAUAGACGACGGGGAAGAAACCCACCCCGAUUUUCAGCCUCGGGCAGUGAUAAGCAGCAUCGGCAAGGAGGAAAUCGAGAUGAUUAAAAAGGACGUCGAAGACACAAUCAAGGAGGAUGACAUAGUUGUAUUCAUUAAAGGCGUCCCAGAGGCGCCUGUGUGUUCGUUUUCAAAGCGCAUGAUUGACGUCCUAGAGGCGUUAGGUGUAGAGUACACUUCGUUUGAUGUACUAGUACAUCCUGUCUUACGUUCUUAUGUGAAAGAGAUAAGCGAGUGGCCGACCAUCCCGCAAUUGUUUAUUAAGGGCGAGUUUGCUGGUGGAGUUGAUAUUAUUAUAAAAAUGGCCGAACAGGGUGAUUUGCAAAUGCUACUCGACGAAAAGGGCAUUAAACAUAGGAACCAGAUCAAAUAA